AUGGGGGUGCGGAGAGGCCCAGGUCUGUCCUGCCAGCUGUGUGCUCUCUCCCACCCAAAGAAAUCAGCAGAUCAGACAGCAAAGCCUGGAGUAGCCCACGCAGUCUGUUACCAGCACCCUGCAUUGAAGGGACUUGAGGGCAGCAGGAUGGAAUCAGAAAGACAAAUCACAGACCUUCAAGGGGGGAACUCCAACCCCAGGAGGAACCAGCUCAUCAACCUGAACCAUUAUGCCACCAAGAAGAGUGUGGCAGAGAGCAUGCUAGACGUGGCCCUCUUUAUGUCCAAUGCCAUGCGGCUGAAAGCGGUGCUGGAGCAGGGACCAUCCUCUCAUUACUAUGCCACCCUCGUCACCCUCAUCAGCAUCUCACUGCUUCUGCAGGUGGUCAUCGGGAUUCUCCUUGUGGUCACUGCACGGCUGAACCUGAAUGAGGUGGAAAAGCAGUGGCGUUUAAACCAGCUCAACAAUGCUGCCACCACCUUGGUCUUCAUCACGGUUGUCAUUAAUGUCUUCAUUACAGCCUUUGGGGCACAUAAGACAGGGUUCCUGGCUACCAGGACCUCAAGAAAUCCUCUCUGA